CGGAUCACUUUGCUGGACGUGCCGCCCAACGCAGCUGUGGUCCUCACGGUGGACGGAGACGUUUACGAGGAGUCGACGGUCGUGGAUGCGGACGUUCUCGAGGUGCGGCCUCUUCGAGGCCUCGGGGCUCCGCUGUUCGGCGUCGCGGAGCUCAACACGUAUCGGUUCGCGGCGGCACCCGACGCGGUCACCAUGUGGGCGCACCUGCGGGCGGCCGCGAUGCUGCGAGGCGUGCCCAUGCCCGCCUCGCCGUUCGUCCUGGCCGCAGGCGUGGGCGGCGGGGCCGCCUGGGUUCCGCAGCGCGUGCAGCUGGACGACCCCGCAGACGCGGCGGCCGUGGUGGCGGCUCCCCUUUGCCGGGCCUUGGCGGCCGCCCUGGGGGUGCCCGCGCCGCUCGCUGCAGCCCCUGCGGCCGCGCCCGCCGCGGCAGCGGGGAAUCCCGCGGCUGCUGCGGCUGCCGCAGGCGCUGGCGGGGUGGCAGUGGCCGACUGCCGCGUGCACCCGAUAGUGCGCGACGCGGAUGGGCGGCGGGCGCUGGACUUUACGUCGGCGGCCUUGUUGGCGUCCUCCACGCCCCAGGCGGACUGGCCGAUCAAGGGUCCGCGGACUACGCAGUGGUGCCUCGACCACAUGAGGCGCAACGCAGGCGGUCCGCUGGCCUGGCACUCCAUGUGGAAGGCGGAGGCGAUGCUGCGCGACACGGACUCGAUCUGCCGGCAGCACGAGAUGAACUGCAGGCUGUUCGAGAUAGGGCGUUGCUACGACCAGGUUAACUGCGCGGAGAUGGCGUCGUAUGAGCUGAUCUGCCGCCAGAUCCAGCUCGUCGAGGAGCGGCACUACGAGGACACCGUCACCGCGCAGGUGGCUGCGGAGGACAAGAAGGCGGGGAAGAACGAGAGCGCCAAAGCUGCCAGCGCGAGCUUGCUGGCGGUGGAGGCGGACUACUACAUGGGAGUGUCGGCGAGCAAGGGCAACCUGUAA